UCGCUCUCUCCGCCCGCCCUCCCGCUCCCUUGCUUGCUCGCGCUUUCCUCGCGGAUCGUAGGGACUCUGGCUACAGCUUGUGGCUGGGAAGGGAGACGGAGGCCGCAGCUCAGGGAAAGUGAAGCUGCAGUAGUGGUGGUAGGAAGAUGUCGGGCGAAGACGAGCAGCAGGAGCAAACUAUCGCCGAGGACCUGGUCGUGACCAAGUAUAAGAUGGGGGGCGACAUCGCCAACCGGGUACUUCGGUCUUUGGUGGACGCUGCCAGCUCAGGUGUGUCAGUACUGAGCCUGUGUGAGAAAGGAGAUGCCAUGAUCAUGGAAGAGACAGGGAAAAUCUUCAAGAAAGAGAAGGAAAUGAAAAAAGGUAUUGCCUUUCCUACCAGCAUUUCGGUAAAUAACUGUGUAUGUCACUUCUCCCCUCUGAAGAGUGACCAGGACUAUAUACUCAAGGAAGGUGACUUGGUAAAAAUUGACCUUGGAGUCCAUGUGGACGGCUUCAUUGCUAACGUGGCUCACACUUUUGUGAUUGGUGUAGCUCAGGGGACCCAGGUCACAGGGCGGAAAGCAGACGUCAUUAAGGCAGCUCAUCUUUGUGCUGAAGCUGCCUUACGACUGGUCAAACCUGGAAACCAGAACACGCAAGUGACAGAAGCCUGGAACAAAGUUGCUCACUCAUUUAAUUGCACGCCAAUAGAAGGUAUGUUGUCACACCAGCUGAAGCAGCACGUGAUCGAUGGGGAGAAAACCAUCAUCCAGAACCCUACAGACCAGCAGAAGAAGGACCAUGAAAAGGCUGAAUUUGAGGUACAUGAAGUUUAUGCUGUGGAUGUCCUCGUCAGCUCAGGAGAAGGCAAGGCCAAAGAUGCAGGACAGAGAACCACCAUUUACAAACGUGACCCCUCUAAACAGUACGGCUUGAAGAUGAAGACUUCACGUGCCUUUUUCAGCGAGGUGGAAAGGCGUUUUGAUGCCAUGCCAUUUACUUUAAGAGCAUUUGAAGAUGAGAAGAAGGCUCGGAUGGGUGUGGUAGAAUGUGCCAAGCAUGAAUUACUGCAGCCAUUUAAUGUUCUCUAUGAGAAGGAGGGUGAAUAUGUUGCCCAGUUUAAAUUUACAGUCCUACUCAUGCCCAACGGUCCCAUGCGGAUAACCAGUGGUCCCUUCGAGCCUGACCUCUACAAGUCGGAGAUGGAAGUCCAGGAUGCAGAGCUAAAGGCUCUCCUCCAGAGUUCUGCAAGUCGAAAAACACAGAAAAAGAAGAAAAAGAAGGCCUCCAAGACUGCAGAGAAUGCAACCAGUGGAGAGACAUUAGAAGAGAAUGAAGCUGGGGACUGAGGUGGGUCCCAUAUCCCCAGCUUGUCAUUCCUGCCUCACCCCUUCCCACCGCACCCCAGGCUCUGAAGUGCAGUUCGUCUUCGCCACCCAAGACCGCCAGCAGAGCGGGGUCUUCUGCCCUCAUCCCAGACCCCCGCCCAUUCACCCACCCACUCUUUCCAACAAAAAACCAGCUCCAACUGACUCUGGUCUUGGGAGGCCAGGCUUCCCAGCCACUGAAGACUACUUUCAGUAGAAAAAGAAAUUGAUAAUAAAAUCAGGAGUCAAAAUG